AUGAACAUACUUGCUGUCUCAUUCCAUCUACCAUGUCCAUACUCACCUCCACUAAUCCAAGGCGAGUCCAAGGAUACAACCGUAUCUUCGAACUCACCCAACAAUAAUAACUUUUUUACCGAAAAAUCGUCCUAUCUUUCGCAGAAGCGAAAGACAGGUCGAAAAAAGUUUAAAGAAACACGCCAUCCUAUUUUUCAUGGAGUUCGUGAAAGAGACCGUGGAAAAUGGGUGUUUGAAGUAAGUGAACCGAACAAGAAGAGUAGAAUAUGGCUUGGGACAUACCCUAAUGCAGAGCUUGCGGCUAGGGCACAUGAUGUAGCGGCUCUUGCUCUUAGGGCUGAUGGCGCGGCUCUCAACUUCCCUGACUCGGCUAAGCUCGUUCCUCGAGCCAAGUCUAGCUCGGCUGAGGAUAUUAGGCUUGCUGCUUUGCAAGCCAUAAGGUGUGAUGUUGUCAAGAGAGAAGUGAAAGAAGAAAAUUCUAGAAAAUUUGAUGUUGAGCAAUUUAAGAAUGGUGAUGAGGAAGAAGCUUUUAAGGAGUUGUUUAUGGAUGAAGAAGCUAUAUUUAAUAUGCCUAGUUAUUUUGAUUGUAUGGCUGUGGGAAUGCUUCUUACACCUCCAUCUUUAAAGAGAGGGAAGUUGAUGAUUAUGAUAAUACAUCUUUAA